CCCUCUUUUUUUAAUGUCACCGUUCGAUUGGCUAUACGUGAUGCCACCGACAUACUUUGACUGGUAAUGUGAAAUAACCUUUCGUAAAAUAAGCAGCGACGUUAAAGCAUGCUUCUCUGCUUUCCUGUACAAUACUUCAUCCGCUCCCAAAUCGUUGGGGUUUUACUUUGGGGUGUUUCAGUUGUCAUGGAUUGGUUGCGGACGGAAAGGAAUUUCAGUGCACGAGAUAUGAUUUAGCUGGGUCAAGCCAGAGCCUGGGAAUCCAAGAUGAGCAGUAAGCAGGGACGAAGCUGCAUCGACCCUCUAGUUCAAAGUAAUAUGGAAGGUGCCGUGGGCACCGUAGUCCCCGUGGGGCUCCCUAAAGCUGACAGCCUACCAAACUAUUCCCAUGACAAAGCUCUACCAAUCAGCAGGGCUUACUUCCCUUACUCUCUCAGUGGACAAGAUACUCUUGACUUUCCUUCCCCAUGGGGCCCUUCAAAAACCUGCGUGAGAAAUGGGCCGAGCCCAGGGAUUCAUUCAUCGGCCACCCAGGGGUCAAUCACAAUUCCAGCCGUUUACAGGCCUGAUAAAGCGCCUUUCCCUGUGGAUGCCAGUGGUGGCCGCUGUGCUGUACCGCAAGAGUUGGUAGCGAAGCAAAGAUUGGCCUAUUAUGCCAGCAGUCCCAGACAGCACAGUCCCAGAGCAGCUGGGGUCAUCUCACCAGUGGCAGUUCCCAAGGGUCACAUUGGAGGGUCAAAUGCAGAAAGCUGUGUUGGGCUGGCUAUUCCAAAACCGGUAUAUGGUCAUAGCCCCUGCUGCACUGAGCGUGGAUGCACCGCAGGGCAUAACUAUGGCAUGGAACAUGGGCCUCAUAGGAUGUCCCCUCGCAUAUAUGAUGACGAAUGGGCUGCUCAUUUCAGCCAUCUUGCUUACCUGCAUAAAAAGGGCCAGGAGGCACUGACGCAACAGAGGGUUUUGCAGUUUGAGCAUGGUGUGGAGGCUAUAAAGGACGGAAGGACAGAGGGCUACCAUGGUAUUGGCUCAAACGGGCCCAGGAGGUCUCUUCCUUUAAUGGAACCGAGCUAUACUUACAACACUGCGCGUCCAUUUAUUGGUGCCACACCAGAGUACUGCCAGCGUACCCCAAUUCGUGCACAGAUGCACACUGGUCUUCACUAUGCUUAUGACCCAAGGACUAUGGCACACCGUGGAGUUCCUUCAAAGGUAUAUCAGAACCAUUCUCACAUAUCUAAAUACACAUCAAUGCCUCCAUGUCCCAAUGUCUAUUACCCUCAGAGUCACCCUGAGGCUUACCGAACCGACCCCAAUGCUAUCACAGACGAGCAUGGUCAACAUCAUCAUAUGGAUCAGUUCCAUUCUCCUCGAGCUGACUUGAUGUCACCAUCCUGCUCUGUUGCUCCCCCACACCAUCCACUGAUCUCAAAAUAUCCUACUUAUCAUCCUUAUAGGGUGCAUUUAAAUAGUAACCAAGCACCCAUGCAUGAGCAGCCACAUCCCCCUUUCCCAGUGCAUCAAUCAGAGCGACCACUUGAUUUUUCUAUACGAAGGGUUCAGACACCCGACUCCCCUCGGGAGCUUUUUAGACAGUCUGGAACUUCUGGGGCUUUCCAUCCUACUCCAGCCCACUACAGACGUCUCAGUAACACCACUACCCUUGAACACUCAGAGAUGUCUGAAACUGGGUUUCUUGUUGGCGGCUCCAAAGAAUUUCCCAUGAAGUCCUCUGAAGAGGUAUUUAAGAACAGGCAUCAUGUUUCAGAUCCACCUGACAAAGAUGUAUUAGCUAAAAGGCACAGAGAGAAACUUGAAAUGGACAUGGCCAGUAAAAAGCAAAAGAUUGACUCAACCCAUGAGUUGUCAGAUGAUGAGCCUCAGUCACCGUCCUCCCCACCAAUGCCAGUUAUUAAUAAAGUUUUUAGCUUGGCUCCUUAUAAAGUCUAUUUCGAAGCUACAGGCAUGAUGACUUCACUAGGAGAUUCAAAAAGUCCAAAGCCACAGCCUGAGGCAACACAGCUUAAACAAGAGCCAGAAAUUGAAAACUGUGAUCUAGAACCAAAUUCAGGUGAAAGUGACCUCAGGUUGAAACAAGAAGCCCAAAUGUCUCCAGCUAACAGUGAUGGUCCAGUUGAAAUGGCAGAUACUGUAAAGAUAAAAAAAGAGAAAUUGGAUCCAGAUGACGUAGCUUAUCAGUCGGAAAUGAAAGUGAGCAUUACUGAGGAGAUGAAUCAUCAGGCACAUGAUUCUUUGGUCAAAAAAGAGCAAAGGGAGUCAGACACAAGUAUGUCUGGCUCUCUUCCUUGUCAUGUUGUAGUGAAAAAUGACUUUGAAGAAGAAAGCAAUCCACCCUUUGGAGAAAAGUCUAAAUCUUCAGCCACAUGGAAGACUGAGAAUGCUGUGAAAGAUGACAUAGAGUCCAUUUCAUUUCCUACAUUGUCCUCAACACCUCCAGUGCCGCCUCCGUCAACUAAAUUUUCUCUCACUAAAAUCCCACCUCAUUGCCUUAAAUUGUCAAAUUUUAAGAUAAUCAUCCCUGCAGUCCUAAAAGCUCCAGCAGCAACACAACCUGUUGAGGUUCCUCAGUCUCCAGUGGAAGACAAGCCAAUUAUGAGCAGCAGCAAACAAGCCCGUCUUCAGUUUAUGGAGCUUCACCAGUCCCUCUGUAGACUCAUAUACUGCUGUGUUACUCGAACGCCAUGUCAGGAGCUCAGGGACUGGUUAUGCCAACUGGACCUUCAAGAGUCAGGCAAAGCUCAGAAAGUGUCUUGUCUCUUGGGGUUGAAAAUUAGGGAAUUAUGGCUGAAAGGUGAGGAAAUGGAGGUGUCUCUUAAAAAGGUGGUCUGCCAGCUUCAGAAGUACGUCGAAAACUGCGACUGUCCCUUUCCUCAUGUCAUGAGGGCUGGUGCGUUGUUCAUUCCCAUGUUGGUGGUCAAAGAGGUGCUGUUUCCUCAGGUUCAAGGCACAUUCAUAGACCAGGUCCUGCAAGAGCAUCGGGUUGAGCUCAGGCCCACCACCCUCUCAGAGGAGAGGCAGCUGACUCAACUCCACAGAAAGGCUUUCUCUUCGAAACUCCGGAGACUUCUGUCCCUUAAACAUCUGCCAGAUAUAUACCCUGAUGUCCUCAACCUUCUCUACCAUGCCAACGUCUGCAAGUUCCUUGAUUCCACUGCUACAGAUGGUGUCCAAAAAAUGCCCAGAGAGAAGGGAACUACUGUUUAUGUGUUAUCUAUGGAAGCUUGUUUCUGCCAUGAAAUAAAAAAGGAGCAGAAACCAGCAUAACCUUCAAGAGAGAGAGCACGGACAGUUCAGAUGAAUCGACCGGCCUUGUAAAUGGCUCUGAGGGAUUCUACCAGGAGUCCUCCAGACCGCUCACACCGGAAACCACAUGUGUGGACAAAUAUUGCCUGAAGACAAAGAAAAAGAAAGGGAGAGUAAAGAGUUCCUCCAAGAGGACAUUUUUAGAUGAGACCAGUUCAUCACAAGAGGAUGAGUUUACUGAGGAACCGGCGAGGUGGAGCGUCGUCAGUUCCUUAGAGAGAGAUGAAUGGGAAGUGUCUCUUGUGACUUGCAAUGACAGGGGACCACAUGUGGAGGUAAAGAUUGAAGAUGGAACCCAGGAAGAGCCUGAGAACUCCUCCUGGGCACGACCUUUGACCUCUGAUGAACUCUCCUCCGAUAGCACUGAUGAAGAGACAGAAAGCACAUCAUCAAUGUCCUUUCAGAGUGGCAGAUCCAGCUCAGCAGGAUCUGCUCGAGCCUUGUCCAAAGGGCCCUCCAACAUGGUCCUCAAGUUGAGGAAGGUCUUCUACAAUGGGGGUCACGGGGGCAAAAUCCCCCACUACCAGGUCACAGAUUCUUCCGAGGCUCCAGAAGAGUUCAGACACACAGACAGUGACCAUUACAGAAAAAAGAAACCGAAAUCAUCCCAGCACAAAAGACGCCAUGCGGACAGGGAGUUUUCUUUCAGUUCGUACUCUCAAAACCAUCCCUACCUCUCCAAAAAACACGGUUCCAAGCACCGGCGCAGAUGGGUCCUCCGCUCCGCUGUGCAGUCUGCCCGCCUGGCCAUGGAGAACAGAUAUCCUGAACUGGUGGGGAAGAGGAUAUGGCACUUGUAUGAGGAAAAUGACAAAACAGAAGUGUGGUACAGAGGAGUGGUGCUGCGCAUCCAUGAACCACAUACCAACCCGCUGAAAACUGUGUUUGAGGUCAAGUAUGAUAGUGAGCCUGAGUGGCAGUACUAUCUUGAGCUGCUGGUAGACUAUAAGAAAGGAUGGUUAAAAGUUGAGGACUGAGUCUGGACGGUAUUAUUGUUUUUAUUUUGCACCUGAGAACUGAAUUGAUUCGAAACUGUGAAUAUAUGUUGAUUUGCUGACCAAUUAGUCAAAUGAAUCAUUUUUACAACCAAAAACUUGACACGUUUUAAGUUACAUUGUAUGUAAUCAGUGUAUGUUCAGUUUCAACUCUUCUUUGUGUUUCUGGUGUCAAAAAUGUUUCUGUUGUUGGCAAACAUUCCCAGCAGCUGUUGGUAACUGCGUUUAAGCAUUCCAUGUGGUUGGGAUGAAUGGGAAUGCUGUAAAGCAAGAUUUUUAACUGUUUACAGAAUUAUUUUUUUAUAUCGGCUGUUGUCAUGUGUUAUGUAUCUGACUUUUAACCCAUUUUAAAAAAUUAAAUCUAUUUGGCUUUUUCCAA